AUGAACAUUUACUCGUUCCAUUUCCAUUUGCAUUUCCUUUUAUUUUUGUUUUUAUUUUUGUGUAAUGGUAGUGUAUUUGCUAUCCAGAUAUGGAAUCGGCAAGAAUGGAAGGGAUGGAAUGUGUUAGGAAUAAUAAAAAAUAAAACUAAUGAUGAAAUAUUAUGGUCCCAAUUAAAAAGAAAAUAUAAGAACAAUAAAAAUAAUAUUAAUAAUAUUUGUAAUAUUAUUUGUAGUGAUAAUAUUAUGAUGAUAAAAGGAAAUGGUCGGCAUUUUUGUUGUAGAUAUAAUGAUAAGUAUCAUUUCCUUUUAGAGAAUAAUAAGAAGGUACAUAAUAAUUAUAAAGAAAAAUUAAAAAUAUCAGAUAGAUUAAAAAUAUUGGAUAGAUUAAAAAUAUUGGAUAGAUUAAAAAUAUUGGAUAGAUUAAAAAGCUUAAAUAACGAACAGGGUUUUUCAAAUACAUAUCAUAAUGAUGUGAAAAAAAAUACAUUAAAUUAUUCUGAAGAUACAUUACCAUCAUAUCAUAGAUAUAUAGAUAAUUUAAAAACUAGGAAAAUUAUUCAUCCAAGUAUAAGAAUUAGAGAAUUAGAUAAGAAAUUUAUGAAAUGUAAAGAAAGUUAUAAUAAAUUAUAUUCUCACUUGAAAGAAAGUGAUCUCUUUGAAAAUUUUUCUUAUGUUGGUAGGCAAAGAAAAGGAAUAUUAUCACCUACAUAUCGUUUACCAAAAUUUAUAGAAAGACCGAAUUAUCAUAGAACAGGUACUCCAAUAUAUGUGCCAUAUGAUAAUAAUAAUAAUAAAAAUAAUAGUAAUAACCGUGAUGAUUAUAAUAACAUUAAGAGUGAUAAAGAUAUCGAAAUUAUAAAACAAAAUUGUAGAUUUGCCAGAGAAUUAAUGGAUGAUAUUUCAUAUAUUAUAUGUGAAGGUAUUACAACAAAUGAUAUAGAUAUAUAUAUUUUAAACAAAUGUCUAAACAAUGGUUUUUAUCCUUCUCCUUUAAAUUAUCAUCAAUUCCCUAAAUGUUCUUGUAUAUCUCUUAAUGAAAUUUUAUGUCAUGGAAUACCAGAUAAUAAUUUAUUAUAUUCAAAUGAUAUCAUCAAAAUAGAUAUUAGUUUAUUUAGAAAUGGAUAUCAUGCUGAUAUGUGUGAAAGUUUUAUAGUUCCUAAAUUAAGUAAAUCUGAAAAAAAAAAAAGAAAAAAAUUUUAUGAUUUUAUUUAUUUAAAUAAUGCAUUUAAAACAAAAUAUACAAAAUAUAUUUUAAAAUAUCAUUAUGAUUUAACAAAAAAUAAAAUUGUAAGAAAAGGAAAAUCAUUUGUUACAAAAAAAAUCAAAUAUGCAGCUCCAAACUCAAAAGAACAAAACAGUCAAGACUACACCGAUUUUGAUGAUAACACAACGGAUCUCAACAUAUCUAAACAAAAUUAUGUCACUGAUGAUAUGCAUAUAAAUAAUAUAUCAGGACAUACACAUAAUAAAAACAAUUUUGAUAGUAUGAAUAAUAUGAACAAUUCUUAUACACAUAAUCAAACUGAUAAUUAUAAAAAUCCAUUUAAUAUAUUAAAUAAUAAUGUUCAACAAGAAGAAGAUGAACUGGAAUAUUUCCAUAAAUAUUAUGAUCAGAAAAUCAUUUUCAAUGAAGAAAAAAAUGAAAUUUAUCAAGAUAUACAAAAUUUUAUAUAUCAAAAAAGUUUAAAUAAAAAAGUAGGAGGAAAAAAAAAAAGGUUUGAUUUUUUUGAUAAUACUAAAAUGAAUACAAAUGAUAUCAAAAAUUUUAUGUAUCAAAAAAAUCUAGAUUUAAUAAAAACAGCAUAUGAAUGUACUAUGGCAGGAAUAAGUGUAUGUAAAGAUGGAGUACCUUUUAAAAGAAUUGCAGAAGCUAUGGAUAUUUAUAUAAAAGAUGUAAAUAAAAAAAAAAAUAAAACAUAUUCUAUAGUUCCACAUCUAUGUGGUCAUAAUAUAGGAAAAAAUUUCCAUGAAGAACCUUUUAUUAUACAUACAUUAAAUAAUGAUGAAAGAAAAAUGUGUUCAAAUAUGGUCUUUACAAUAGAACCCAUUAUAUCUGAAUCUUCUACAGAUUUUAUUCUAUGGCCAGAUAAUUGGACUAUCUCAAAUACGAAAUAUCAUUUUUCUGCUCAAUUCGAGCAUACCAUUUUGAUACUAAAAAAUGGAGUACAUAUUCUCACGGACAAAAAUGAUACAUCUCCAAAAUAUUUGUGGCAAGAAAUUGAUUGA